CAUUCGCAUCUCCUCUUCCCCCAACCUGAGCUCUCCUCUCAAUUACUCUUCUUCGGCUCCAGAUUUUGCUAGCAAUGGCGGGAAGGGGGAAAGCUAUUGGCUUGGCACACUCCAAGAAGUCGUCUUCGAGGAGCAGCAAGGCCGGCCUACAGUUUCCCGUCGGUCGGAUCUCUCGAUUUCUUAAAACCGGUCGGUACGCACAGCGCGUUGGAGCUGGUGCUCCGGUUUAUCUCGCCGCCGUCCUCGAGUACCUCUCCGCAGAGGUUCUUGAGCUUGCUGGAAAUGCGGCGAGAGACAACAAGAAGACACGGAUCGUGCCGCGCCACAUUCAUCUCGCCGUAAGGAAUGACGAGGAACUCACGAGGCUUCUUGGCAACGCCACCAUUGCCAAUAGUGGAGUGACGCCAAAUAUUCACAACGCACUUCUUCCGAAGAGGACCGCUUCGGUGGAUUCCAAGAAUGCCAGCGAGAGCUGAGCUUAUUUGUCUGACGAGCUAUUAGAACAUUUCUGGUUUUGCCUGCUGAAGUUGUCAGAUCUCCUGCCCUCCAAGGCUCCAGUUCUCCAUAACUUCUCUCGUCCUCAUUUAGUAGCUAAUAUAUUCUAUAUGUAUCAAUAGACAUUUAUGGGAUUCACCAUUUUUAUCCUUUUUGCUUGCAACAAGUUUGCCAUUACAAUGGCUUAAUAUGUACUGUUGUAAUGAAACGCUGUUAAGUGUAAGAAUUAAUAUAAUGAAGAAAUUACUUUCCUGUUUCUGGUU